AAGCCGCGCCGGGUUCGCGUAGGCUGCGCUCUGGGGGAGGGGCGCGGCGCGGUGUCGGGAGUCGCCUGUCCUGCCGCGUCCACCGCCCGCCCGCCGGUCCUCCUGCAGCCCGCCUGCUGGGCAGGGCCGGCUCGGCCCGGCCAUGGAGUCCUACGAUAUCAUCGCCAACCAGCCCGUGGUCAUCGACAACGGUUCGGGGGUGAUCAAGGCUGGUUUUGCAGGAGACCAGAUUCCCAAAUACUGUUUCCCAAACUAUGUCGGGCGGCCUAAGCACAUGCGGGUGAUGGCUGGAGCCCUGGAGGGGGACCUCUUCAUUGGACCUAAAGCAGAGGAGCACCGGGGACUGCUGACCAUCCGCUACCCUAUGGAGCAUGGUGUAGUGCGGGACUGGAACGAUAUGGAGCGCAUCUGGCAGUAUGUCUACUCCAAGGACCAGCUGCAGACCUUCUCUGAGGAGCAUCCUGUUCUUCUAACGGAGGCCCCACUGAACCCCAGUAAGAACCGAGAGAAGGCAGCAGAGGUGUUCUUUGAGACCUUCAAUGUCCCAGCGCUGUUUAUCUCCAUGCAGGCCGUGCUUAGCCUGUAUGCAACAGGACGCACAACAGGAGUAGUUUUAGACUCAGGGGAUGGGGUCACUCACGCUGUCCCCAUCUAUGAGGGCUUUGCCAUGCCACACUCCAUCAUGCGGGUGGACAUUGCCGGCCGUGAUGUCUCCCGUUACCUACGACUGCUGCUGCGCAAGGAAGGGGCCGACUUUCACACUUCAGCAGAGUUUGAGGUUGUCCGGACCAUCAAAGAGCGAGCCUGCUACCUGUCCAUCAACCCGCAAAAGGAUGAGGCUCUAGAGACCGAGAAGGUGCAGUACACCCUGCCAGAUGGCAGCACGCUUGACGUGGGGCCUGCACGCUUCCGGGCCCCCGAGCUGCUGUUCCAGCCAGACCUGGUGGGGGAUGAGAGCGAGGGGCUCCACGAGGUGCUGGCCUUUGCUAUCCACAAGUCUGACAUGGACCUUCGCAGGACAUUGUUCUCCAACAUCGUGCUUUCAGGGGGCUCAACACUCUUUAAAGGCUUUGGAGACCGGUUACUAAGUGAAGUAAAGAAGCUUGCCCCAAAGGACGUUAAAAUCAAGAUUUCAGCCCCUCAGGAACGGCUGUACUCCACGUGGAUCGGCGGCUCCAUCCUCGCCUCACUGGACACUUUUAAGAAGAUGUGGGUAUCCAAAAAAGAGUAUGAAGAAGAUGGCUCUCGUGCAAUUCAUCGCAAAACCUUCUAAUGUCCAAGAAGGGUGGACAUGUUGGGAGAGACAGAGGAAAGGGGAACCAGAGCCCUUGACCCCCUUUUGGUCUGGGUUUAUGUUCUAGGCUUAGGGUCCCCUGCAUGCCCCGACCCCUGAGCAGGUGGUGCAGCCACACUCACCUGUAACCCUCCCCUCUCCCUGCGUUCAACAUUCACACAGAGUAAUAUUUAGCUGCAUGGAUGGCAGAGCUGAAGCAUAAGGAUUGAGGAACCUAACAUUGAGAUGGUAUGAGUGUCUCUCAGUGGGGCCAUUUUGGCCUCUGGUUCCUUGAUCCAGGUCUUAAAGCUCCAAGACCAGACACACAAAGGCCCCAUUUGCUCCAACAGGCUCCCACUGGGGCUGGGGUGCCUGGAUACCUGUGGAGUGGGCUGAAGGAGGGGCAGCCAGCAGCUCCCACAGGGGCAGUGAGACUGUUCAGUGCAUCCCAUGCCACCUCUUCCUGACCAGGCUGCCCAGAUUCUUGAAUACUCUGUCUUCUAGUCUUGCUGGGCAAGUGUCCUAGAUGGGACUGACUAGGGAACAGUCCUCCAUCCCCAACAAAGUAGUGUGGCCAAGGGUCAGCGUCAGAGCCAUGGGCAGCCACAGCCAGCCACAGCUUGUGGUUUGUCAUACUCCCCUCUGAAGCACCUCAUUGACUUGCUACUCCUUCAUUACCUUAGUGCCCUGGGUGGGAAAGGGUUAAUGGUCUUCAUUUGUUGAGGGAAUACCACUUAAUCAGAAGUCAGAUGCAAAGGGUGGGCUUGUCCUCACCUCCCUCACCAUGGCCAGGGCCCCAUGUCCCUCUCCCAGAUCCAAACAAUAAUUUAACACAGUUGCCUGAAAGACUUCUUUUUAUAAAUCAUAGUAAUGAUUAUGGACAAAGCCCAAUGUGUGGCUCUGUUUCUGUGUGCUCUUGUUUGUUCACCCAUCCCUGGGGAAUUUGAAAGGACCAGAGGGAACUCAGUGUAGCUCUGGCUCUAGCUCAGGAGUGUGAGGUGUUCAGUGGUUGGCAAGGCAGCAGGACAAGGGAGGCCAGCCUUUCACCCUCCAGCAGAACUCUCCAGCCUCAUUACCCUCUUGGGACCUGCCCGGGUUGGCAGCCAGGCUGCCUUCCCUGCCUUCCAGGCUGGGCUGGCUGCCUUGUGCUUCAGAGCUUCACCUAUUCUGUUGGAGUGCCUGCACAGGCCUGCCAAAACGCGGGUGCUAACAGUGCUGCAAGCAUGUCAGUCUGCUCAGGGCAGAAUGAGAAGGAAGGAUAGCCUGGGAAUAUUUGCUCAAGGUAGAAUGAGAGGGAAGCAUAGGCUAGGAAUGCGCCAGGCUCCACAGCAAGGGGCAGAACAAUCUGGAAGAUGCUGGAAACAGGCUUGAUCAGAGAGACGUUCUGAGGUUGUUAGUGUGUUAGCAUCUGCAGCAUUUCAUGUGUUUGUGGCUGACAGUGAACAAAAUACAACUUUACCCCUACAAGCAUUCAGCUUGUGAGGAAAACACUGGCUGUUUUGGUAGAGCCAAAAUGUAGGGGGGCCUACAGUUGAGGGUUGGCUUGUAAGAGCCCAGGGGUGAGCUGGUGGUUGGGAGGGCCCCAGGUAGAGGUAAGAGCUCUGAGAGAUGCCUUAGUGAGGCUGGAGAGGAAGGAGUCCACAGGGAAGAGUAGAGAGAUCAGUUGAGCUAGCAUGUGGAGAGUCUUGAGAAGGUUGUUAGUGCCCUAGUGACAGUUGUUCACCAUGGAAGGUUAGUGACCAGAGACCAGUGUUGAAAGCUGUGGGCCAGAGUACUGAUCACAUAUGUACAGGGCAUUCUGUGGUAUCCCAUGGUCACAGCACAUGGUUACAAUUCACAUAGGAACCUUUGCUGAGAGCCCCUACAGACCAGCUCUUCUGCAGGGUUCUGCUCAGGGCAUUGUUGGUUCCCAACCACCUGUUUGGAACCUAUCACUGAGCUCCCCCUCCUACCUUACAUACCCCACAUUUUGUCACCAAGUCUGUGAUCUGCCGUUCCUUUCCUCCCCAUCCCUUCCCUUUAGGACCAUCCCAGCCUAGCUUCAUGACCCUGCUCCAUUCUGCCCACACAGUGUGUUUACUGUCAUACCUAAUGCGUGGGUAACCACCUCAAAUCUGUAAUGGAUUAUAAGCCAUACAAUAAAAUAUUCAUGAGUCCUUACUAAUAUAA